UGAGAUGUUUAGAGGAAAAACUUCUUUAUAUGGAAACCCAUCAAAUGGGGAUUGCAGUCUGCUGAUCAGAAAUCUGGAAAAGUCCCAUAAUGAAGAGAAAUUGUAUGCAUGGAUUGACCCUGAAAACGUUGGAUGGCGCACCUACGCAUUUUAUGAUGUCACCUCCACAAUUCUAGUUGAUGCAAGUCCACAGCAGCCCAGCAUCAGUAUUUAUGGAGGUGAAAGGAUGGGUGAGACUAUUACAAUGACAUGUUCAACUUUCCACACGUGUCCAUACAGAGAACCAAACAUCGUUCUGAAAGGUCCUGAAGGAACUGAUAAAUUAGUCAAUGAGCAUACUUGAAGACGGCCUGUGGAAAAUCACUCUCACACGCACAGGUGUUAUAGAGGCAGAAAUUUCAACAAUUGAGUGUUCUGUAACACAUCACGGUGGCAUAACAGUGACAGCUACAAAAGACAAAAGUGCCAAAUGUGUUCAUCAAAAAAUAACAAUUGAGCCUGAACUGGCAGAACUCACAGAGGGCGUCCCAAAGAACUUCAGUUGCUCCGUCUAUCACUCCUGCCAGAAAGAGACUCCAGUCAUCACAUGGAACUAUCAGAACAUGAGGGUCUCAACGGGGGGCAAAACACUUUCUACUUUAGAUCGGGUCACCUAUUCCAGCAUAACCAUUCUGGGUACAAAAGACGACCAUGGGAAGAAACUGAUUUGCACUGUGAAAUUUUCUGGAAAAGACAUUACGGCUUCUGUUGUUUUAUAUGUGCAAUAUCCCUUGCUUAUUGGCCUGAAGACUAUCGGUCUGUAUAUCCUGGCACCUUCACUUGUGUUUCUAAUCGCUUGCAUAAUUGCUGGAGUCAUCAUAUACAAGAAGCGACGAAGGUAACUCUUUGGAUAUGUUACUUUAGGCCAAACCAUUUUGUCAGCUGUGACAAAAGUGAAUAUUUCAGUAAUUUAACAACACAUUUGCAUGUUCACGGGUCUUUGAUGUUGGUCCAUGACAUACAGGUAAACAGAUAUAAGUUGCAUUGACUUUGUACUUUAAAGUGGAUUGAAACCUCUUUUUAGUUGUGAUAGUGUGAUAUAGAUAACAUAUCAAAUGUUGAAAGUGAGACAUUUUGAAAUGUCAUGACAAAUAUUGGCUCAUUUUGGAUUUCAUGAGAGCUACACAUUCCAAAAAA